UCCCAGGGGAGGGAGUCCGAGCUAGAACACCAAUUACAAACCACAGGCUUCCUCCUCUAGGGAGCUGAUCCAGAAUUGUCUUUCUGGAAGGGAAGCACUCGAAUCCCUCCGAACUUUCCAAGUUCCAUGAUUCAGAGACCUUGCCUUCUCCCUUUGGGAUUGUCUGUGUUCCUGGUAGUGAAUUGUUGCUGGUGUAUUUGCUUCUUUGCUCUUUCAAGAUCUCAUCAUUUUUAUAUGCGGUUUGGGGAGAAAAAGGACUUUUGUUAGAAAGGAGAUUUCAGAAAUGGUUUUGGAUCCUCUCUAAGUGUUUUUAGAGUUCUUGGGGACAGUAGCUCUAACCUUGGAGUAAGUUUCUGCCUUUGACCUGCAUGGAUUAUUUUUUCAGGCUGCGGAAUUUCUCGGCUCCUACCUGCAGUGUGGGGCACUUGGUUUGGUUGCAGAGUAAGAAGGUGGAAGAAUGAACUGUACUUGGUUAAGCAGUUGAAACCUUUUCUUGAGCAGGAUCUAUAAAAGCAUAAUUGAAUUUGUUUCACCCCCGUGGAUUCCAGUGGGCCCGACAGCACAACAGUGGCUCGAGAAGUUGUUGCAUAUGCAAGACCAGCACCAGGUGAUCUGACAUAAUAAAAAUUCAGGAUGUGACAUUCAACCUCAAGCAACAUUGAAAAUUCCAAAGAGAAGUGCGAUAUCUUUACUAAUCAUAGUGAAGAUGGGAGAAAAUGACAUACUUGAAGCAGAAGUAGGCUGACAAUAACCUUCUUCCCUGCUUGAGCAGGAAUACCACCUGUCCUUGGGAAUAUACUUUAGAGAAAGGAAGGGCCAAAACUACGACUCGGCUUUCUGAAACUGAAGCAGAAAUUUCUUUUCCUCCGUUUGUCUGGAUUUGAGAACCUGCGUUUGGUCUCAGCUAGUGGAAGCAGUAUGUAUGGCCGAAGUGCAUCGCUGCAGCUGGUAGCAUGAGUGGCGGCCACCAGCUACAGCUGGCUGCCCUCUGGCCCUGGCUGCUGAUGGCUACCCUGCAGGCAGGCUUUGGACGCACGGGACUGGUACUGGCAGCAGCGGUGGAGUCUGAAAGAUCAGCUGAGCAGAAGGCUAUUAUCAGAGUGAUCCCCUUGAAAAUGGACCCCACAGGGAAACUGAAUCUCACUUUGGAAGGCGUGUUUGCUGGUGUUGCUGAAAUAACUCCAGCAGAAGGAAAAUUAAUGCAGUCCCACCCCCUAUACCUGUGCAACGCCAGCGACGACGACAAUCUGGAGCCUGGGUUCAUCAGCAUCGUCAAGCUGGAGAGUCCCCGACGGGCCCCCCGCCCCUGCCUGUCGCUGGCCAGCAAGGCCCGGAUGGCGGGGGAGCGGGGAGCCAGCGCCGUCCUCUUUGACAUCACAGAGGAUCGUGCUGCUGCUGAGCAGCUGCAGCAGCCCUUGGGGCUGACGUGGCCCGUGGUGUUGAUUUGGGGUCACGAUGCCGAGAAGCUGAUGGAGUUUGUGUACAAGAACCGAAAGGCGCACGUGAGGAUUGAGCUGAAGGAGCCCCCGACCUGGCCAGAUUACGAUGUAUGGAUCCUCCUGACGGUGGUGGGCACCAUCUUUGUGGUCAUCCUGGCCUCGGUGCUGCGUAUCCGGUGCCGCCCCCGCCACACCAGGCCGGACCCCCUUCAGCAGCGAACAGCCUGGGCCAUCAGCCAGCUGACCACCAGGAGGUACCGGGCCGGCUGCCGGGGCGCCCGGAACGAGUGGCCAGACUCCGGAAGCAGCUGCAGCUCCGCCCCGGUGUGCGCCAUCUGCCUGGAGGAGUUCUCCGAGGGCCAGGAGCUCCGGGUCAUUUCCUGCCUCCAUGAGUUCCAUCGUACCUGUGUGGACCCCUGGCUGCAUCAGCAUCGCACUUGCCCCCUCUGCAUGUUCAACAUCGUAGAGGGAGAUUCGCUUUCGCAGUCCCUGGGACCCUCUCGAGCUUACCAGGAACCAGGCCGGAGGCUCCACCUCAUUCGCCAGCACCCCGGCCACGCGCACUACCACUUGCCCGCUGCUUACCUGUUGGGCCCUUCCCGGAGCGCGGUGGCUCGGCCCACCCGGCCCGGCCCCUUCCUCCCGUCCCAGGAGCCAGGCGUGGGCACCCGGCACCACCGCCAACCCAGAACCGCACACCCCCGGGCUCCGGGCGAGCCCCAGCGCCUGGCGGCGGCCCCGCGCCCCUACGCGCCGGGCUGGGGGCUGAGCCACCUCCGCUGCACCUCCCAGCACCCGGCCACCUGCCCCGCGCCCCCUCGCCGGACCAGGCCUCACGACAGCAGCGGGUCCGGAGAGAGCUACCGCACGGAACGCAGCGGCUACCUGGCUGACGGGCCAGCCAGCGACUCCAGUUCCGGGCCCUGUCACGGCUCUUCCAGCGACUCGGUGGUCAACUGCACGGACGUCAGCCUGCAGGGCAUCCACGGCAGCAGCUCCACCUUCCGCAGCUCCCUGAGCAGUGACUUCGACCCCCUGGUCUACUGCAGCCCCGACGGGGAGCCCGCGGGGAGGGCGGCUCCGCCUCGCCUGGCCUCCCGGCCCCGUUCUCUGGACUCAGUGGUGCCCGCGGGGGAAACGCAGGUUUCCAGCCACGUCCACUACCACCGCCACCGGCACCACCACUACAGAAGGCGUUUCCAGUGGCACGGCAGGAAGGCUGACCCCGAAACUGGAGUCCCCCCGUCCAGGCCUGCCGCUCCUCGGACACAGCUCCAGCCAGAGCCGCCUUCGCCCGAUCUGCACGCGGCCAGGUGCAGCCCAGCAGCGCUUUCAGGGCAGCCUCCCGCCCUGCCGCGGCCCCGGGCCCUCACCGAGCCAGCCCCCGGGCCACCCGCCGCCUCCAGCCCCAGCCCCGCAGCCAAUAGCCUUUUCCACUUACAGAGAUCCAGCCUCUCUGUCCGACACCCACAGCGGAGACGGCGAGGGGGACCCCCGGAGCCCACCCCAGCCUCUCGAUCCCAGGACUUGACUACCCACCCAACUUGCCAGAUUUCCCCCCAUUAUGGCCCAAGUCUGGCACACCCUUGGUCCCCAGAGGCCCACCCACUGAUCUUCGGACAUCCAGGCCUGGAGAGGAGGCUGCUACCAGAAGCCCUGGGCCCCACAUACCCGAGUUCCCAGCCAGUGUGGUUGUGUCUGACUCCACGCCAGCCCCUCGGACCGCACCCAUCUGGGGAGGGGCCUUCCGCGUGGAGUUCUGGCACCCCGGAGGGCAGGCCAUGCCCUUACCCACACUUCCAGGUGCUACCAGCCCAGCCUGGCACAGAAGAGGAGCUGGAGGAGCUGUGUGAACAGGCCGUGUGAGAUGUUCAGUCCUGGCUCCAACCAAGAGUGCUCGCCGGAUGACUUGGGGCCCUCCCUGGCACAGAGUCCUGCUCCUCAGAAAAGAAAGGACUUCAGAAAACAACCCCCCCCCCUUUUUUUUUGCCACAUUCCUGGAACCACUGGCAGAGGGUGGUGAUGGUGGGUGGCAGGUAUCUUCUCCUGCUCCCAGCUCCAGCCCUUGUCUGCAGAACUAUCUGUGUCCAGCCAGGCAACCAGCUACCACUGGUGUGGGUGGGCUCCCUUGCAGGCUGUACUUUUCUGAGAGCAGGAAGCUAGGCACAGGUAGACAGGUGUGAUAAAGGUGGUGCUCCUUCACCAGCCUGAGGACUUCUCCUUCAUCCCAGGCCUCAUGUUCAUACCAGCAAAUGGGUUCAGCUGAAUGAAUGAACCCUGCUCACCUCCUUCCUGAAGACAGUCUUGCGCACCAGCUUUGGCUUCCCCUCAGUAAGGCUGCUGUAUCAAUGGCAAACCCGGUUCUUAUUGUUUUCCUUCUUUGCCAAAAGAUGACGGGCUUUGCAGCCUCACCAGGCAUGGCCUGCCCUGGUGCACAAGAGGAGUUUUCCCUCCUUGUCCCUACUUGUCAGCUCCUCUGUAUUCAGUCCGAGGAGAGGCCAGGGUGUGCAGUCCCUGAGAACCUGGGGUGAAGCCUCUGAUCUUCAGGCUCCCUGGUCAUUCCAGCAGCCCCAGUCCCUCUGGGCGAGAGUGGUGGGGGUAGUGGGAAGGGACUCACUCUUCCUUGGAGAUCACUUAGCUGGAAAUCCCAAAGGAAGUGGAAGAAGAGGAUUUCUGCUGGACUUUAUUUAGGAAGAGGGAGGAAGGGAUGAAGGUAGAAAAGGCUGAAUUACAGCUGAACAAAGAAUUUUUCUCUCGACACUUCCUCUCGGAGCAGGGAUAGGUAGAACAAAGGAGGAGCAGUUUGGGGCCCUUGGAUUAGAUGGCCUGGAGGCCCAGCUUCCCAGUAUAAGCCAUGCAGGUCAGAUCCACACAGUGUGGAGUGGGGUCAGAGAAGGAAGUCGGGCCUGGGGCAGCUGAUCCCAAGUGGGCAAGAGCUGAGGGGCCUCCUCGGGGCGACGUUCGCCCUAGGGCAGCUGGACCAUCGCUGGCCCCCUCAGGCGUUAUCCCAUUUGGAAUGUGAAUGUGGGAACAGAGUGGGCGCAGCACCCCACCUGGGGAUCCUCUUCCCUCAGAAUCAGUGGGGAACUAGCACCUAGGCACCCACGUGGGUAUUUAUAUCUGAACAGGCAGAAGGACGCUUGAAUUCAGGCAUUAUGAUGAGAAAUGUAUUUAUUUGCUAAUAUAUUUAUCCAUAAACUUGA